AAGAGGAAUACACCACCGCUCACCAUGUUCACUGUACUUUCCCUGCUUCUACUGACAGGAGCACACAGCGCGAAGGCAAGGAUUCACUCUCUGAAGGAUUUCCUCACUGGGUCCUCUCAAGUCCAAAACCUUCCAGAGUUUGUGGGUGUUGGUUUGGUUAAUGAAGUUCCGAUCGGAUACUAUGACAGCAACACAAAGAAAGUAGAACCCAAACAGGACUGGAUGUUAAAGGCAACUGAUAAACAGUACUGGGAGAGGCACACUCUGCUUGCUUUUGGUUCACAGCAGGACUUCAAAGUCAACAUGGAAAUCUUAAAGGAACGCUUCAACCAAACUCAAGGUCUUCACAUUUACCAGCGGAUGUCUGGAUGUGAAUGGAACGAUGAGACUGGAGAUGUUAAAGGUUUUAUGCAGUUUGGUUAUGAUGGAGAAGACUUCAUAUCAUUGGACCUGCAGACAGAGACGUGGAUCGCUCCAACACCAAAGAGUUUUAUCACCAAACUGGAGUGGGAUCAGGAUAAAGCUAAUCUCGCAUUUAUUAAGUACUACUACACCCAGGAGUGUCCUUCCUGGCUGAAGAUGUUCCUGGAGCAGGGGAGGAGCUCUCUGCUGAGAACAGAGCUUCCCAGGAUUUCUCUCCUCCAGAAGUCUCCCUCCUCUCCAGUCACCUGCCACGCUACAGGUUUCUUCCCCGACAGUGCCAUUUUGUUCUGGAGGAAAGAUGGGGAGGAUCUUCAUGAGGACGUGUACAGCGGAGAGGUUCUCCCCAACCAUGACGGGACCUUCCAGAUGAGCGCUGAUCUGAAGGUUUCAUCCAUCUCCCCUGAAGACUGGAGGAGGUACGACUGUGUGUUCCAGAUCUCUGGUGUGAAGGACUACAUCGUCACCAAACUGGACAAAGACUCAGUCGAGUCCAACAGAGAGAAGCCCAUCAGCGUGACCACCAUCAUCAUCAUCAUCGCUGCAGUGAUCGCUCUCGCUGUCGUCAUCGCUGUCAUUGGACUCAUCGUGUACAGGAAGAAGAAAGCCCAAGGUAUCUCACCUGCUGUAAAAGAUCCAGGAGCCUCACAGCCGCUGAGAUCAGGUGAACAAGGUUCUAAUUCUCCAAGUGAGACGUCCUCCUGAACACAUUGAGUUGCUUCAUCUGUUAAACAAAACUGCCUCAACCUAAGUGCAAAGUAACAUAUGUCUGU